UUGGCCCUCUGAAUUAAGAGGGAGCUCCCCGGGUGCCAGCUGUUCAGAUCCGCGGGAGCACCGCACAGUGAUCGACGCACACGGGAUUUCUAGGAUUGUGACUGUCGGGGAGACUGCAUGUUUCUCCGGACUUCGAAUCGGGACCUUCUUAGCACAAAAACUCUACCAUAAGCCUGGAUUUUGAACACCAUUCUCUUCACAGACCUGCUCAAAGGUCAGAGCAAGUCCCUCCCGAAAUGGUGGGCCACCUACACUUGCAGACAAUGGAUGAAAGUCUAAAAGGAAAGAACAGGGAAGGCUUGCUGGAUAGUCCUGACUCUGGACUACCUCCCAGUCCUAGCCCACCUUUUUAUUCCCUGUGCCCUGGGAUUGUGGACACCCGAGCAGGGAGUGGCACCAGCACACCACUGGACCAGCAUGGCUAUGGCUGUAGGAGAGAUUUACGAGAGGGUAAACUGCUUCCCUAUUUGCUACUUAAUUCUACAGUGUCUGAGACAAAACCAAGAAUGCAUCCAGUAUUUUUUGGAGAAAGUAUUAAAGUGAAUCCAGAACCAGCUCAAGAAAUAAGAUGCAACUCUGAAGUGAAGUAUGAUUCAGAGAGACACUACCGAGACAACAUCUUCUACGCUCCCAUCCCUACUGUCACGUCCUACAGCGAAAGCAUCAUUGCGGUCCACAACUGCACAUGGCGAAAUUACAAGUCUGAGCUGCAGUUUCAGCCCCGUCAGAAGCCACUGAGGUUUCAGAGCACCACCAUUAUCUUUCCUAAGCAUACCAAAAAUGUAUAUCGGACAACCCUGAAUUACAACUCUUCCAGUGGACGUCGCUGGUACAUGUCAAGCGUGCAGAUGGAAUCGAGUGAGGACAGCAGCCCCUGCAUAAUCUACACAGAGGAUUUCUAAUUUGCUCCUGCUGGCCAGGACAGGCUUCAGAAAACGGCUGCACAGCUCAACUGAUGUGGAAUGUAAAGGAUCUGGUCUUACAGCGGCCAGGUACUGGAACCAUCACUCGUGCAGCAUGCGUGACCUGGUCAUGUUAUGAAAGAAGAUGCAUUUGUAAACCGUUUUGUUUUUGGUUAUUACAAUAUAAAUUGUUUAGCGAGGAUAAUCAUCGGAAGAAGUUCCUGGAAC